UAGAUUUCCUUGUGGCGGAGAAAUCUGAUGUGUGUAGGCAACAUGAAUCGGGCGAUUGCGGGGCGCAGAUUAAUUUUAGCACGUUAACAGAAUUGUUUCGGACUGAUUGUCUUCUCCGAAUGCAAAUGAAAUAGCACUUUUCUCCCGUGCUCCAGGAAGAAGUGUUUUGGAUCGGGCUUGCCAAAAUCACUACUUUGUUUCUCUUACGUACGGUUUGUGUUACCUAAAAGUAGUCGCGUCUUAAGAGAGUUACGCAUCCCUACGAUACGUGAAGUUCGGAGAAGCGCGGCCCGAUCUCUUGAUCCGUGGAGUACUCUUGAGUCUCUCUGGAUGGAUGGAUGGGUAUGGGGAGAGCAGGAUCUUACUACCCCGGGGCUGAGCGCCUCAUCUCUCCGCUACUACAUCUACUAGUGCUGUGCAGCCUCUCCUCUCUCACUCACAUAGGUGAGAGCCAGGUCCAGACUCCACAGUGCCGUAUCCAGAAGUGCACCACUGACUUCGUCUCUUUCACUUCCCAUCUUAACCCUUCACUGGAUGGCUUUGAUACUGAGUUCUGCAAGGCGCUGCGAGCCUAUUCCGCCUGCACCCAGCGCACAUCCAAGAGCUGCAGGGGAAACCUGGUCUUCCACUCUACCGUGCUGGGCAUCAGUGACCUCAUGAUCCAGAGGAACUGCUCCAAAGACGGGCCCACAUCGUCUACCCAUCCCGUCAUCCCCAUUGAGCCAUGCAACUAUCACAGCCGCCAUCACCAAGCAUCACGGCCCGGAACAGGGACUGGGGCUCCAGAGCACCCACGACCAACCUACCUGUUCUGUGGCCUGUUUGGGGACCCUCAUCUUAGGACUUUCAAAGACCAUUUUCAGACCUGUAAGGUUGAAGGGGCAUGGCCCCUCAUUGAUAACAAUUACCUGUCAGUGCAGGUCACAAAUGUUCCAGUGGUAUACGGAUCCAGUGCCACAGCAACCAAUAAGGUCACAAUAAUCUUCAAACCAUACCAAGAAUGCACGGACCAGAAGGUCUACCAGGCCGUAACAGACGACCUUCCAGCCGCUUUUGUGGACGGCACCAUCAGCGGGGGUGAUAGCGAGACCCGCAGCAUCUGGAUCCUGGAGAAGUCGCCAGGUCUGCACGUAGAGAUCCACGCCGCGUACAUUGGUGUCACCAUCAUCGUACGCCAGCAGGGCCAUUACCUGACGCUAGCCGUGCGAAUGCCGGAAGAGCUCGCCAUGGCCUUCGACGAAACGCAGGACCUGCAGCUUUGCAUGAACGGUUGUCCCACGUCAGAACGCAUCGACCAAGAGGGACGUCUUCAGCUGCCCAUGCUGGGCCUCCAGCAAGCCAGCUUUCAGCAGCAGGCGAGGGUCGAAGCCCAGAGAGGGCUCUUCACCCUCGAAAGCGCCUCCAGGAAGUGCAGGGAGCAGCUGGAGGUUAAGGACAUCUAUUUCCACUCCUGCGUGUUUGACCUGCUCACCACAGGAGAUGCGAACUUCACCACUGCCGCCUACAAUGCCCUGAAGGACAUGGAGACUCUGCACCCCAAGAGGGAGCACUGGCAUAUUUUUCCUAACUCGGCCACUGGGCUGAGGCCGUUUUCAUUGCUCCUCAGUGCACUGCUAACCGGCUUCCUCAUCACUGUGCUUUUAUAAUGUGUGCAGUGUUUUGAUAACUGUUUCGAAGAAGAAAACCAGACUGUAAAAAGUAUUGUAUAUACUGUCUGUGCGGAGAAUGAAUGUUAGAAUACGAACCUUCAUUAGACUGUACAUUUUGAGUAAGUCAUGUUUUCAAGAGAGCUGAAUAUUGUAGAUUUUUGUGAGUGAAUUUUUUGAGAUUUCAUGUUUUUUGUCCUCAGGAGAGGAAAUCUUAAUGGAAGCACUUUAUUUUUAUUUUAUUUUUUUGUUUUUUUGCAACUAGAAAACAGUGUUCCACGGAACCAGUGCUCAAUAAUAUAACACUCUGUGCUUUUUCUUUGUUACAUUUCUGUAGGUCUCUAUACAAAGGUUACUUACCUCACCAUCUUGCUCUGUAGAACUGUGUUAAACAUAUUUCACAAUGUGGCUGGCGUAGUGAUUGAUUGUGUGCUAGAGGUUUAAAGAAGGAUCAUGUUGACUAGACUUUCACUUUAUUUGUAUUUUUAGUUCUGGUACUCAGCUGUGGAGUCACGUUGAUCAGCAAAAACAAACUUAAGAAUUCAGGCGAACGCAGCAAACGUAGGUUGAAGUGCACUUAAGUCAGAAAUUCAGAUGGGAAUUUUUCUGUCGUUGAGCAUGGGCAUUGUUGGGUAUUGGAAUUUCAGCCCAUUUAAUAAAUGACAAUCAGAAUUUUAGUUUGGUACAAAGUCUACCUAAUGUACGACACAAAACAUCAAUCCUGAAGAGUGCAUUAAUGAAAAAAUACUAUAGUAAUUUAUAGUAAAUACUGUAGUGU